AUGCCUGCUCCCAUUGCCAAUGGUCCUCCCUCAGGCUCGACAUCUACCCCUCAAGUCAAUGGGGAGGUCAACGGCACUGGGCCGAAUGGACCCCCUUCCAAUCAAAACCCGUCUGCAAAUGACAAGAUCCGCCGAUUUGAUGCUCCGAGCAGACCCUUGAGCCCUCAUGCUCAGCACAUGCUGUUCCAUAAUAGGACGCGAUGUUUCGUUUACGGCCUGCAACCACGAGCCGUCCAGGGCAUGUUGGAUUUCGACUUCAUCUGUGGCAGGAAGAAUCCCUCCGUAGCCGGCAUCAUUUACACCUUUGGUGGCCAAUUCGUUAGCAAAAUGUACUGGGGCACCAGUGAGACGCUUCUACCCGUAUAUCAGACAGUCGAUGGAGCCAUUGCAAAGCACAAUGAUGUCGAUACUGUCGUGAACUUUGCCUCCUCCCGUUCCGUGUACAGCUCGACUAUGGACCUGAUGAACUUUCCUCAGAUAAAAUCGAUAGCGAUCAUCGCUGAGGGUGUUCCGGAGCGACGAGCAAGAGAAAUCCUUCACACCGCAAACAAGAAAGGCAUCACAAUCAUUGGCCCUGCUACGGUUGGCGGCAUCAAGCCGGGUGCGUACAAGAUCGGUAACACCGGAGGAAUGAUGGACAACAUAGUAGCCUCGAAACUCUACCGAAAGGGCUCAGUGGCAUACGUCUCCAAAUCUGGGGGUAUGUCAAACGAGCUCAACAACAUUAUCUGUCAAAAUACCAACGGGGUGUACGAGGGCGUCGCUAUCGGCGGAGACCGAUACCCCGGCACCACUUUCAUCGACCAUAUGCUUCGCUAUGAGGCAGAUCCGGAAUGCAAAUUGCUCCUUCUCCUAGGUGAAGUUGGUGGCGUCGAGGAAUAUAAAGUCAUUGAGGCCGUCAAGAGCGGCAAAAUCACCAAACCGAUUGUGGCCUGGGCUAUCGGAACCUGCGCCAGUAUGUUCAAGACGGAGGUGCAAUUCGGCCAUGCUGGUUCAAUGGCAAAUUCCCAGCUUGAAACUGCAACGGUCAAGAACUCCACCAUGAGAGAAGCCGGUUUCUACGUCCCUGAAACCUUUGAAGAUAUGCCGAGCCUGCUCCGCAAAGUCUACGACGAUCUCGUUCAAAAGGGCUCUAUCAAAGUAGAAGCAGAGCCUGUUCCACCCAAGAUUCCUAUCGACUACUCAUGGGCACAAGAACUCGGACUCAUCCGAAAACCAGCCGCCUUCAUCUCCACUAUAUCUGACGACCGUGGCCAGGAACUUCUUUACGCGGGCAUGCCCAUCUCCGAUGUCUUCAAAGAGGAGAUCGGUAUUGGCGGUGUCAUGUCACUACUCUGGUUCCGUCGCCGUCUCCCAGACUAUGCCAGCCGCUUCCUCGAGAUGGUUCUCAUGCUGACAGCUGAUCACGGUCCGGCUGUGUCCGGUGCUAUGAACACCAUCAUCACAACACGUGCCGGCAAGGAUCUCAUCAGUUCCCUAGUGUCUGGACUACUGACUAUUGGAUCUCGAUUCGGCGGUGCUCUUGAUGGUGCCGCUGAGGAAUUCACCAAGGCCUUCGAUAAGGGUCUAAGCCCGCGAGACUUCGUCGACGGUAUGAGGAAGGCGAACAAAUUAAUUCCUGGCAUUGGUCACCGAGUUAAAUCGCGAAACAACCCCGAUCUGCGCGUAGAGCUCGUAAAAGAAUUUGUCAAGAAGAGGUUCCCUGCUUGCAAAUUGCUUGACUAUGCUAUCGCUGUUGAAACUGUCACGACCUCAAAGAAAGACAACUUAAUCCUCAAUGUGGACGGGUGUGUCGCUGUCUGCUUCGUUGACUUGUUGCGCAACUGUGGAGCUUUCUCCCCAGAGGAAGCAGAGGACUACCUAAGCAUGGGAGUGCUCAAUGGGUUAUUUGUGCUAGGCAGGAGUAUUGGUUUGAUUGCUCACUACCUGGAUCAAAAGAGACUGCGAACCGGACUGUAUAGGCAUCCCUGGGACGAUAUCACCUACUUGCUGCCCAACCUGGCGCAAGGUGCGCCUGGAAACGAGGGUCGUGUGGAAGUAAGGUUGUAA